AUGAGGACUAGCAAGAUCGCGCAUAACGUCGACGAUCGAGGCAUUCCUAUUGUUAUACCCUCUGCCUCUCCCCAUCGCCAUUCCACACCUCAUUCACCACGGUAUCGCCCGCCACGAUUCGAUACUGACGACUAUGACGAAGUACGAGUGUGCCGCUUACGGCAAGACAGGAACUCUCUUUUAGAGGUGUACGACAACUACUAUCAGGAUCCCAACCCAUCUCAACUACGGCUCUUUUAUCGUCAUGUCCCCCAUUCCUCAUCCAGCCACAUGAGCGACUCUCUUCAGGAUGCACCCACCGAACCUUUACAGUCACCGUCAGCCACCCCUUUACAUGCAAGAGACUCUUCACCACUCCGUCGCACUAAUAGCAGAAAACGGCUUAGAGAUGGAUCGUCGCCUUUGGGACAAAGGUCACCUAUAGCAGCACCUCUGAGGGGACCUAUGCCGCUCACAAACACUUUUAACAACAGACUAUCAGCUUUGUUACAAGAACAACGACAACAAAGGCAACAACUACUACGCCAACAACAGAAAAAGGAGGAUGGGGAGAGUGAGGAUGAUGGUUCUUUAUCCAAUAUGAAACGAGGUCAUAAACGUCGACUGGUAGAAGAACAAGGGCAAUCAUCUCAACAUUCACCCAUUUACACACCACCACAACCACCACAACCACCACAACAGCCUACCGCAUCACCCAUAACAACAGCUCCUACACCUACAUCCACUCAUUCAUCACCCAUUCUUAGUCCUGUCAAGGAACAUCUCAUGCUUACACCACCUAAACCUUCUCCUCCUAUCACUCGCCACAAACAACAUGUUGUUCAAACAACUCUAGUUCCUCCUCCACCUCCACCACCUCCUUCUCUUCCUUCUCUACAACACGAUCCAUCACAUCAACAACAACAACAACCAUUAGAGGAACCACCUGAACAAUUGCCAACAAAAGAGAAUUUGGAUCAGCCGCAUGAAUUACCAGAUCAGCAUGAUCAACAGCAAAUACAGCCAAAUGAUGAUGUCCAUGUGGAUGUACAGUCGACUCAAAAAGAAGAGCAACAAGACAACGCUAAAGAAGAGAAGCAAAGCAACGUUGAAGAAGAACAAAACAACAGCGUUGAAGAAAAGCAGCAUGACAACAUAGAUAAUCCAGCAAAGAAGCUGCACCAAGAAGAUCCCAAGAUUGAAGCAAUUGAUCCAAAGGUCGAAGAAUCCAAAGAAGAAUGCAAUGAUACACAACCUGUAGCAAUUGAUCCAAAGGCUGAAGAAUCAGGAGGACGCAACGACACUCAUCCUACUAAAGCUGGUGGUGAAGAGCCUUUAUCAAAGGAGCAACCCAAAGCGGAUGAGCAGCCAUCGACACAAUCCAAACAAGAAAAGGACAAAGAAAACAACAGAGUGGAGGAUGAAUCAGCAAAGGCCAGGAAACGAGAUCCCCAAAUUGAAGAGAUUGACAGAAAGGUCAAAAGGCUGCGUGAAUAUUAUGAUAUCAAAUACAAGAUUGGUGAAGGCACCUUCAGUACUGUCUACAAAGCGGUGGAUGUCCGAUAUGAGCAAUACAACAAUGCACAAUGGGAACAGCAGCUAUUGGACGCUCAUCGAUUGGUGGAUUCCGAUGCUGAUGAACAAUCCAUCCCCAGCGCAACAAGCAAGGUCGUGGCACUCAAACGUGUCUAUUGCAUAAGCAGCCCUACCCGUAUUGCCAACGAGAUUUCCAUUCUACAGGAUCUUCGUGGAUGUUCUUGUGUAGCGCCUCUGAUCACUGCAUUUCGUCAAGCUGAAGAAUUUUUCAUCGUGAUGCCAUUUAUCGAACAUGAAGAUUUCAGGGAUAUACACCGCAAAAUGACAGCAGAUGAUAUCCGUUGCUACAUGCGUACCCUCUUGACAGGUCUCAGUCAUCUUCAUGCACGAAAGAUUAUUCAUCGGGACGUGAAACCAAACAACUUCCUUUACAGCUAUCAGAGGCGUUCAGGUGUUCUCAUUGAUUUUGGUCUUGCCGAGAGAGAGAAAUCCAUUGAAAAGCAUCAACAAUCCAAACCACAACGGCAACAACAACAACUACCAUUACAACAGCACCAUCGAACACCUCCUGCUUUGACGCGAUCCGCUAGUUUUAUCAAAAGCAGCAGCUCACUCAAUAACAAGGAAAAUAUACCAACAGCCGAUGAUGGUGUCAGAGAAAUUGGUUAUAUCAAGUAUGAUCCAAGACGUGGCAUUCAAGCAAACCGGGCUGGUACCAAAGGUUUUCGAGCACCAGAGAUUCUUUUGAGACAAGUCAAUCAAACGGGCGCCAUUGACAUAUGGUCGGCUGGAGUCAUUUUAAUAUCAUUGCUCACCGGACGAUAUCCAUUUUUUCUUGCCAAUGACGAUGGCGAUGCACUUGUGGAAAUUGCCAGUCUAUUUGGCACCAAUGCCUUAAAGACAUUUGCUACCAAAUUGAAGCGCAUCUUUGAAACCAACAUCCCAUCGUUACAUCCCGAACCUCGAUCUCUUUUGCAAGUUUGUAUGAACCUCAAUGGCGAAAAGCUAAAGACAUGGUCAUCCUCUGAUUUGGAAACUGCUGUGGAUCUAUUACAAAAAUGUCUUACGGUGGACUGCAACGAAAGGAUCACAGCCAAGGACGCCCUACAACAUCCGUUUUUACAAUUAUCAUCAUCAUCAUCAUCAUCAGCACCUUCGCAACAACCCUCUAAUACCUAG